AAGGCGGGCGCUGAUUGGCUGGCCCGUCCGCGCUCCUCAUUUCUCCUCAGAAGGCGCAGCAAUGGCGGACGGAGACUUGAAGCGGGUUCCCGACGUCGAUAUCGACGAGGCCGACGGCGUCUUCAAGUACGUCCUCGUCCGCGUCACCACGCACGGCGCCGGGCCGGGGAAGGACGUCGUGCGCGGCUACGCCUGGGCCGAAUAUCACGCCGACAUCUAUGACCGCGUCUCGGAGGAUCUCUCCCGGCUCGGGUUCGAGUGCGAGUGCCUGGGCGGCGGGCGGAUCUCCCGCCAGAGCGGAUCCCGCCAGAUCCACGUCUAUGGCUACUCCGUGGGGUUCGGCCGGGCGCCGCAUUCGGUUACCACCGAAAAACUACGCGCCGCUUUUCCGGACUAUGAGGUCACCUGGGCAGACGACGGCUAUUGA